CUACGAGAAAAUCAUUAAUUAUCCUCGCCUAAAUUGGAGCCCUAGGGUUUCGUAUUCGUAUCCCAGUCAUCGCCCCAAUCGAUCGAGUCGCCGAGAAAAGGAAAUGUCGAAGAAGAACGAUUUAGGUCGAAGGAAAAGGCAGCAUGAUUUCGAUCUGAGAAGAGAGAAAGAAGCGAAGGAAAAGAAGGAAAAGAAGCUCAAUGCCAAGAAAAAUAAGAUGAAAGUUGAUGGUAGCAGUAAGAAGAAAGGUGGGGGUGGAUAUCAAGUAGGAAAGAAAAAGUUGAAAACAAGGAUGACGCCGUUGGCCAAAGCUAAAGCUGCCCAGGCGAUGGAGGUCGACAAGUAAGGUUACUGUCAGAAUGGAUUCAAUGCAGCAGAAAAUAGGAAAUCUGUUGAAUCUAGUUGGUUGUAACCUAGUAACUUCCAUUUGUUUGCACACUUUGCCUUCAUCUAUCAUUAAUUCAAUUAUGCAUUUGUGUUCUUUAA